AUGGAAUACAAAUAUUAUGAUAAGAAGAUGGAUAAGUGCAUAAGUUUUAAUGAAGCUUAUGAUUUAAAUAAUGAUGAGAAGAAGGUUGGCACAAGUUAUGAAGAUUUCUUUAUGAAUAGUUCAUCAUGUAUGAAUGAUGAAUAUAUGAAGUUAAAUAUUUUUACUGUUAUAAAAAAUGAAAUAAUAAAUGUAUUGUCAGUUAUAAAAAAGCAUGAAUAUAACAAAAAUUUAGAUUCCAGUAUUGUAGACGCCUUAUUUAUAUUAUAUAAUAAUAUAAAUAAUUUAAGUAACAAUUUAAAGGAAGAAAUAGAUAUACAUGAUUAUAAUAAUAAGUUAGAUAUAUAUCACAUUGCUCCCUUUUUAAACAUCAUAAGAAAUAAUAAUAUCUUUUAUAAAAUUAAGUUAAUUGCAUUACAUUCGUUAGAUCAUAUAUUAAAAUAUAAUAGUACUUAUUUUAAUGACAAAUGUACUAAUGAACAUAUAAAUCGAAAACAAAUAUCUUAUUUAUGUGAUGAUUAUGAUCAUGAUAAUGAUCAUGAUCAUGAUGUCAAAAGUAAUAUUAGUGAUAAUUUAUGUAAAAGAGAUAUCAUAAAUGAAUCCAUAGAAAAACAUUGGACCAAAGAAUUUGAUAACAAACAUGAUGGAGUUUCAACAAAAAUGUUAAAUGAAAAAGUUCGAAAAAAAAAAAAAUAUCAUUUCUUUUCAAAGAAUUAUAAAUUACAUAAAAAGUAUCAUAUGGAAAAAGAAGAAGCAGAAGGAAAUUUUACCUUUCUAAUAAACAAAGGAAAUAAUAUUAUUAAUAUUAGUAUAGAAACAUUACUGAAUGCACCAAUAAAUUACAAUAAUAUGAAUUAUGAAGAAAUUAUUUUAUAUGAUACUAUGAUAUUAUUUAAUAAUAUAUUAAUGAAUUCCAUAAAAGUUGUAGACAAAAAUAAUAUUAUAAAAAUAAUAUGUUAUAUUUUUAAAAUAUACAAAAAUACGAAAUAUUCUUUAUUAUUUAAAGGAAAUUGUGAAUCCAUAUUAAUUAAUAUUUUUUAUGUGGUUAUGAAAAGUUAUGUAAAUAAUAUAGACGAUGAUUUUAUUCAUGAUAUAUUAACCAUCAUCUUAAUAUUAAUAAAUAAUAAUAAAAAUAAAUUUGUAUUAGAUUUAUUAAAUAAGAAGGACUAUAUUAAUUUAUAUAAUGAAUUAUUUGAAAAUGAAAUGUCUCAUGAAAAUUUGGAAAAUAUUAAUAUAUUAUCCUUUAGUUUAUUAAAUAUAUUAAUGGAAAUAUUUGGAUAUUCAUUAAUAAAUAAAAAUUUUGAUUCUAUAUCAAACAUAAUAAGAUGUUUAUUUAUACAUAUAACCUCAUCAUCUUAUGUACUUAUAUGCAAAGCCUUAAGAUCAUAUAUAAAUAUUUUCAUUUUAUAUAAAAAGCAUUUUUUUAUAUAUAAUGAAAUUUUUAUUAAUAUAUUAUUAAAUACAUUAAAAAAAGGUUCAUCCAAAAACAUAACUGAAACGGCAUUAUUAACCUUGUCACAUUUUUGUUUAGAAAAUGUGUUAUUUGAAAUAUAUUAUAAUUAUGAUGUUAAUCUAUAUGCUUCAGAUUUAUUACAGAAUUUUAUAAAAUCCAUAUUAGAAUUAUGUGUUAAUUUUGUUAAUAAUACGGCGAUAAUAAAUGAGGUUGCAUUUAAAAUGAUAAAAAAUAUUUUGUAUAUAUUAGUACCUUAUGCUAAUCACACCAAGCAGAAAAAAUAUAGUGAUCAUAAUCAUCAUAAUUGUCAUAAUUAUCAUAUUCAUCAUAAUCAUCAUAAUUGUCAUAAUUAUCAUAGUCAUCAUAAUUAUCAUAGUCAUCAUAAUUAUCAUAGUCAUCAUAAUGAGCAUAAUCAUCAUAAUGAGCAUAAUCAUCAUAAUGAGCAUAAUCAUCAUAAUGAACAUAAUCAUAAUGAGCAUAAUCAUCAUAAUGAACAUAAUCAUCAUAAUGAGCAUAAUCAUGAUGAGCAUAAUCAUGAUGAGCAUAAUCACCAUAAUCACCAUAAUCAUCAUGAUGAGCAUAAUCAUCAUAAUCAUCAUAAUCACCAUCAUCAUCAUAAUCACCAUCAUCAUCAUAAUCACCAUAAUCAUCAUAAUCACCAUCAUCAUCAUAAUCACCAUAAUCAUCAUAAUCACCAUAAUGAGCAUAAUCAUUUGAAUAGUAUACAUUUACAUAGUAAUCAUAGCUAUUAUAAUCAUAAUUCUAUUAAUGAGAUGAAUCACAUUACCCAUGAUAGUGGUUAUAUAAACCAAUUAAUAAUUGAGUUUAAAAAUGAUAUAUAUUCUGAUACUUAUAAUAAAGUUUUUGUAUCAAGGAAAAGAAAAAGGGGAAGAAAAAGAACGUCGAUAAUUCAUGAAUUUAAUAUUAAAGAAAGGGAUAAAGAAGAUGAACACGAUAACGAAAAUAAAGAUGAGGACAAAAAUAAGAAACAUAGUAAUAGUAAUAACAAUAAUAAUAAUAAUGAUGGUAAUGAUUAUGAUAAUGAUGGAAGUUUACAUCAACAUAAUAGUGAUAAUCGUAGACGAACAAGUUUUUGCAAAAGAGAAGCUAUUAAUGAAUUGAUUGAUCGUUAUAAUGAUAAUAAGAAUGAAUUGAAAAAAAAAAAACAUUAUCUUAAUGAAUUAUAUUCCUUAAAUUUCUUAUCAUCAUCAACUAAGGAUAAUAGAUUUGUUACUUUUUGUGCACUCUUAUUAUUUGAACAUUUCAGAGAAUAUGUUAAAGUAAAAUAUAUUAAAAAAAAGAAACAUAUAAUGAGAAAGAAAAAAAGAAGAAAGGAAAUAUUAAAAAAAUCAGCAACUAUAUUUAAUACACUUAAGGGUAAAUCUAUUGAUGAAUUAAUUAAAAUGAGAAUUAUACAAACACAAGAAACAUAUAAUAAUAUCGAUACAAAUAAUGCUAUCAUCGAUUCAGAAGCUAUGCACAAAGAUGAUGAUAUAAUUGAAUACUCAAGUUCAUUAUAUGAAAAUAGAUCAUUUCUUACUAGUGAAAAUGCUGCUGAAAGGGGUUCGAGUAUUAAGAGUAAUUCUUAUAAUCCUGAUACGCAUGAUAAUAAAAUGCAAAUGAAUAAUAGUAACAUAGAUAUGAACAUGUCAAAUAUUAGUUAUAAUCGUGAUGAACUUGAAUAUAAUAGAAGCUUAAUCAACAUACAUAGUAAUUUUACAACGGAAGAGUCAUGUGACGAAAUGAAUGAAAAUGAAAAGGACAUAAAAAAAAAGAAGAAACAUACAAAAGGACAUACUUCUAAAAAGGAAGGAAAAUUUGGUAAAAUGGACGAAGACGAAAUAGAUGUAGAAGAAGAAAAUAAUAAUGAUAAUUGUAAUGAUGUAGAUGUAAUGAAACAAAAAAAUAAAAUGUUAAAUGGUAUUGUUGAUGAAAAAAUAUCAGUAAAUGAUCAAAAAAAAAAUAAUAAAAAUAGUUCUAAUAUACAUAAGAAUAUAUCUGAUGAUCAUUCAGUCUUAAAUAAUAACUCCAAAAAUUCUGUUGCUCAUUAUGAGAGAAAUGAUGAAGGCAAAAAAAUAGACAAAAAAGAUAAUACUGAAAAUAAUAUUAUUAAUAAUGUUGAUGAUGAUAAUAUUAACAACAACUACACAAAUGAAGAAAUAUCUAAAAAGGAAAGUGAUUUACAUAAAAUAGAUAAUCAUCAUAAAAAAAAAAAGCAUCAUCAUCAUAUAAAAGCAAGUGAAAUUAUUUCAUCAGUUGCUCAUAAUUUUUCUAAAAAGCAUUUUAAACAUAGUACUAAAAAUAAUUUAAUGGAAGAUGAAUAUUUUGUAAAAUCAAUGGCUAAAUUUGUAAGAUACAAUCCAUUUUUAGAUAAAGAAUUUGUAGGUGAGUAUAUUUCACAUAGGAAAAAUGUAAACCUAUUAAAGCGUUAUGUAAGAUUGUUUGAUUUUUGUAAUUUAUCGUUAUUAUCAUCUUUAAGAUUAUUUUUACGUUGUUUUAAAUUACCUGGGGAAGCUCAAUUAAUCGAGAGAAUAUUAGAACACUUUAGUUUAUGUUUCUUUUAUUCUAAUCCAAUACAUGGUGAUUUAAGUAACAUAUAUAAAGUAGAAAAUGAUAAGGUCAUUUGUUUGGUAAAUGACGAAGAACUAGCGAAUAAAAAGAGGUACAUAUUAAUAGAUUUUUUAAAUGAAAAUAGUAAUAAAAAUAAUGUAACUCAUGAUGAUAGUGUAUUACCAAAUGGUAAUGAAACGGAUGCGAAUAAAAAUGUUAAUGAGAAUAAUAAUGAAAAUGAUUGUAAUUUAAAUGAAAAUAGUACAAAUCUGAAAAAAAAUAAUGUAGAUAAUAAUGAAGAUAAUGUGAAUGAUUUACAUAUUGAAGAAAAAAUUAAUUUAAAAAAGAAUGUAGAUAUUAAUGAUUAUAUGCAUAAAAAUGUAUAUUACUUAUCAAAAAAAAUUGAAAGUAUGAGUGAAGAGGAAAUUAAAAAGAAGUAUGUACUUGUUGAAAAUAGUGAUGUUAUUUUUAUAUUGACAUAUUCUAUAAUCAUGUUGAAUACAGAUUUACAUAAUAAUCAAGUUAAGAAUAAAAUGAAAUUAGAAGAGUUUAUUAAAAAUAAUAGAGGAAUAAAUAAUGGAAAAAAUAUUGAUAGAAUAUAUUUAGAAAAUCUAUAUAAUUGUAUUUUAAAUGAAGAAAUCAAAUUAUUUUCAAAUACACAAAACACAUAUACAAAUGACGAUCAGUAUUGGAAAUUAUUAGAUCAAAAAAAAGAAGAAUAUAAACAUUAUCAUUCUUUUAAAGCAAAUGAAAUAUAUUUUUAUAGAUAUGAUAUAAACAAAUUGUUAAUAAGAAAUAAUUUCCUACCUAUAUUUUUUGAACUCUUUAAACGUACGAAUGAUUACAAUUUAAUCGAAAACUGUACAUUUAUGUUUAAAAUGGUUAUAAAUAAUUUGGCAUAUUAUCAUGAUUUAGGAAAUAUAAAUAAAAUAUGUUAUAUAUUUAAAUAUAUAAAUUUUUAUUUAACACAAAAAUGUCAAUCUUUAUUAUAUUUAUUUUUCCAUUUCAUAAAAAAAUGUUAUAAUUCAUUUCGAAACUGUUGGUCUAUUUAUAUUAAUAUUAUAUUCAAAUUAGUUACUAUUGAUUUAUUGCCUAUCUUUUUUUAUCCACAUAUAUUUAUAAACAAUACUCAGUUUAACAUUGAUAAAGACGUUUUAAAUAGAAAGUCUAAGAAAGGAAAUACCUUAGAGACAUACAAUAUAAAUAAAAGUAUUACAGAGACAUAUCAACAUCCGUUUUUAGUUUUUAAGAAAAAUGUCAAGAAAUUAAAUAAAUCUAAAUGGAUUGAUGAUUUCAGUAGUAUGUUUUUCUCAAGACAUCAUACUACGGAAAAUAACAAUUUGUCUAUAAUAUUUAAAGAUAAUGGUAAUUAUAAUGAAAAGAUCGAAGAAAUAAAAAAUCAAAUCAAAGAAAAGGAAAAGGAAAAGGAAAAAAAGAAAAAAAAAAAAACUGAUAAGGAUGAUAAAGAUAAUGAACAUGAUAAUGUAAAGAAUGAUAAGAAGAAAAAUAAUGAAAAUUUAAAACGUGAAGAUAGAGAAAAUGAAAAUCAUUCAGACGGACAUAAUGCAGAACGUAAUCAUAUAGAUGAAGAAGAUUAUGACGAAAAUGAUGAUGAUGACGAUGAUGUUGAUGAAGACGAUUAUGAAGAUGAUGAUUGUAUUGAUUAUGAUUGUGAUAAUGACUGUGAUAAUGAUUGUGAUAAUGAUUGUGAUAAUGAAAUUUGUUAUUAUGAUAAUCUCAUUAACAAUAUUAAUAAUGAUAACAAUGAUGAAUUGGAAUAUAUUUAUGUAAAUAUUAAAGUGGAUCCUAAAAAUAUAGAUAAUAGUGCAAUAAUUGAUAAUGUUAAUAUAUAUAAAAAAUUAAAAUUAGAUAUAUAUAACUUUUUUACAUUUAAUGAUUUUCAUAAUAACAUGAUUACAAAUUUAAAUAUUAGUAGUUUAAUUUAUUUAAUAAAAAUUUUAAUUAUUAAAUGUUCAAUUAAAAAAGAAAAUGAAAUACAUAAUGUAUCUGCUCAUCAUACCAAUAAGUCCGAUGUACAUCAUCAUUCAUUUUUAAAAUCACACACUCUGUCUCAUCAUCAUAGUAAUAAUUAUUUAACUAAUGAGAAAUCAGGUAGCACAUUUAAUGUUAAUGAUUAUAUUAAUGAUACAAAUCCGAUCAUAGUGAAUUCCGAAAGUUCUUUUGAUCAAUUUUAUCAUAGCAAAGAAAAAUUGCUAAGUACUCAAAUGUUUUUCCAUAUUAUGUGUUAUAAGAUUAAUUAUACCUAUAUUUUAUAUAAUAUAUUAUGUAAAUUGAAAUUGAAAUCUUAUAGAACAAGAAAUAGAUUUAUAGAUAAAGGAGAAGCCAAUGAACUGAAUUUAUAUAUGAAACAAAUUCAUGAAGCAAGAAAAUGUAAAAAUAUAAUCCAAGAGGAAAGAAAUAAGAAAAAUUAUUUCGACCUAACCUUAAAUAAUAUAUAUGACACUGAUAAUACAAGUGAUGCUGGAUUGAGCGAUUCUGAUUAUAGUGACAUAUCUAAUGAUUCUUUUUUUCUCAGAAGAAAGGAACGUAUUUUGGUUGAUAUAUAUAUGCAUAGUCAUGAAGCUCGUGGAGAAAAACAUAGGGAUGAAAGACAUAGAAAUAAUAAUGAUGAUGAUGAUAAUAAUCAUAAUAAUAAUAAUCAUCAUCAUCAUGAUGAUAAUUUUGAUAAUCAUAAAUAUGUUGAUGAAGAUGAUCUUUAUGACAGUUAUUAUAAUCAUCAUGAAAAUAAACAUAAAAGAUUACAAGAAGAACAAAAUGAAGAAUGUGAUGAAUAUAAAGAAAUGUAUAAUGAAUUUGACAAAAUUUAUUCGUAUGCUGACAGUACAGAUGAAGAAAGAGAAGAUGGACAUGAUGAAGAUCAUUCCUAUGAACAUGCACAUCAUAAUCAUGAUGAAGAUGAAGAUUCAACAUAUUUAAGUGACGAUAAAGAAAAUGCAGAUGUUUUUAAUAGCAUAAAUUAUAACAAACAUAAAUCAGGUCAUAAUAUAAAAUCAGGUUUCCAUACAACAAAUGAUGGGAAUGUAAAUAAGAAUUUAAAAAGAAGUAAACAAUAUUUGAUUGAUAAAAUAAAAAUGGAUCUUUAUAUGAAAACAUAUAUUAUGCACAUAAAAAUAAUCGUAUUUACCUUUGAACAUUAUUUUAAUUUAUUAAAUAGAUAUUUAUUAAUAAAUUAUGAUGCUGCUAUUUUUAUUAAUAUAUAUAAUAGUAUUUUUAAAAAUUACAAGAUGGAAAAUGUAAAAGUAAUGACAGAAGAGGAUAUAUGCAAUGAUAAAACAUAUAACUUAUAUGAUACAAAUUUUGAAGAUAUCAAUAAAAAAAUAAAUUAUAAAGAAGAAGAAGAAGAGGAAGAUGAAGAAAAACGUAUAAACAUAAAUGAUAUUGAAAAUAAUUUAUUUACUGUAAAGAUGGGGAAAGCAGAAACGGAAGAAGGUGACUGGUUAUUCAUAGAACAAUUAAUUAUGAGUAUUAUGAAUUUUUCAUAUCUUUGUUUUAAUAUAUAUAAAGAAAAUAAAGUGAACAUUAGUAAAAAGUUAUUAAAGAAGAUGAAUAUGAAUGCGGAUACUGUAAGAAGAAUUUGUUUAGAAUUACAUAAGAAAAAUAAAAAGUUCUUUUUCUUAUGUGGAAUAUAUUUAAUAUAUAUAUUACAAUUUUUAAAUAAGAAUAUAUUAUAUCGAUUCAUUGAUAAAAUAAUAUAUGUAUUAGAAAAAAUAUCAAAGAAUGUAUACGUUAAUAGUUGUAUUAUAAAUAUAUACUUAAAUAUGUUGCAAUUAAUAACUCCGAACAAUAUAUUAUAUAAGAAUACAAAUAAUACGAAUAUAUCUUUAAACGAUAAAGAUAUCUAUAUUUAUAUUGAAAAGGCCACAAUAUAUACUGAAAGUAUUAAUAAUAUAAUAAAUAAUAAUAACGUUUUAUUAAAACUGAACAAUUUUAAUAUUGAAAAUAUAAUAUUAUCACUUUUACCUUACUUAUUAUAUUUUAAUAAUAAAAAGGAAGAAAUAAAUUCACAUAUAGCAUCAAUAAAUUCGGAGUGUUUACAUAUAAUAUCAAAUAUAUAUUAUAAAAGUAUAUAUAUGUAUAUGAACAAUAAUGUUAAUCAUAGAGAUAAUGAUAAAUAUAUAAAAAUGAAGAAGAAAAGUGCAGGUGUUCUUUUGAAUUCUGAAUAUGACAUGGAAAAACUUCAUGACAUUCCUUUUGAUAAAAUAAUUGAAUUAAAAAAAAUGUAUAUAUUUUUAUUAACAUGUUUUGUUUUGUCUUUGGCUUGUUCAUUUAGUUCGAAAAGAACAAGGAGUGAAGCUUACAUAAAGUUGCAACAAUUUUUAUUUAAUGAGAGUUAUAUAUUUAAAAGAGUAAACAAAAAGGAAGAUCAUAAUAAUGAUAAUAAUAAUAAUAAUAAUAAUAAUAAUAAUAAUAAUAAUAGCAAUAAUAAUAAUAGCAAUAAUAAUAAUAGUAAUAGUGGAAAGAAUGAUAAAAAUUGUAAGGAAGAAAAAUAUGUGUAUAGAGAUGAAAAAUUAAUAGACCUAAUAAGCAACUUUAUCAUUUUACCAUUAAUCACAUAUAAUUAUUAUUUUCCAUUUAUAUGUAAAAAUAAAUAUGGAGGGAUAUCAUCGAAUGAUGGGGAAGAUGGACAUAUUAAACAAAGUGAUAAUGAAAUAAAGGAUAGCGAACCUUCAAGUGAAAAUUUGUUAACAUUAGAUCAAAAUAAUUAUUGUAAAGAAGCAUUACUAAACUACAAUUUAUUUCAUAAAAAAAAUUAUGUAAGUAAUAUGUCAGAAGAAAUGUGGAAAAAUAAUGAAUAUGAAAAUUGCGGUUGUAUAAUUAAUUAUAAGAAUAUAGAGAAUAUUGAAAAAGAUAAUAUUGUUUUAAAUAAUAUAUUGAAUUAUGCUAAUGAUUAUUAUAUACAUACUACAUUACAUAAACAAUAUAAUUAUUAUUUUAGUUAUUUAUAUGCAAAAAAAAUGUUAACGUAUGAUAAUGUUUGUUAUAGGAAAAGUAUGAGUAUUAGUUUUGUUAGUCAUAUUAUGCUAUCCUUUUUAUAUUCACUUUUAAAUUGUUCAGAUGAUAUUUAUGAUGAUGAAAAGAAACAAACAAAUAAUUUAUUAAAUAGUGAAUUAAAAAAUAACAAAACAAAGGAAACACAUAAUAAUGAUGAAGAUAACAUUAUUAAUAUAUAUUCAUUGUUAUGUUUAAAUAAUGAAGCUAUGUACAACAAAAUUGUUACCAAAGGUAAAUGUGAAAAUAAUUGUAUUUAUUACUUUCUAAAACAUUUCUACCAUUCUUUAUUAACUAUUAAAGAAGAAGCAAACAAAAUAUUAAAUAUAUAUAAAGAGACAUUUAUAGAAAAUAUGAAGAAUAUCAUUUAUGUAUCCUCUUCCUAUGCUUAUUGUCUAAAGGAUCAUCGUAUUAGCUGUUUUUCACACAUUAAAAAUGGACACUUCUUUUUAAGAGAACAGGAAAAAGAUAUAUAUAUUAAAUUACUUAAUGUACAAAAUAUUCAUGACAAAAAGUAUCCUAAGGAAUUAGAUAAUGGUGUUGUUAAAAAUAUUAAAAAAUUGCAACUCAAUGUAAGAAUAAGUAUAGUUAUUGUCUAUUAUAUUUUAUAUAUGGAUAAUAAUUCAAAUGAGCAAUUUAAAGCAACCUUUGAAGAGUUAUUAAAUGUUCUCUUAACAAAAUAUAGUGAUAAUGAACAUGAUGAAACUGUUGAGGAAAAAAAGCAAAAUGAUGUAAAGGAGGUUCAAUCAAAUGAUAACAAAGAUAAAAGUGUUGUAAUGAGUAAAAAUGAAAAUAAUACAGAAAAGAACGAAAAUAAUGCAAACAUUACAAAUGAUAAAAAAGAAGAUAACGUAGCAUAUUUAACGGAGGAAAAACAAAACAACGUAAAAGUUUCAACUCAGGAUAAAGAAGUUACCGUAGAAGAUUUAACGGAGGAAAAACAAAACAACGUAAAAGUUUCAACUGAUGAUAAAGAAGUUAACGUAGAAGAUUUAACGGAGGAAAAACAAAACAACGUAAAAGUUUCAACUCAGGAUAAAGAAGAUAACAUAAAAGAUUCAACCCUGGAAGUAGAAGAUAACAUAAAAGAUUCAACCCAGGAAGUAGAAGAUAAUGCCAAUAUUUCAAAUGACGACGAAAAACAUGAAAAAAUCCAAGCGUUAAAAGAAGAGGGGAAAGAAGAUGAUGUCCAUUCAUCUGAUGAAAAAGAAGGAAAAAACAAUUAA